AUGGCACCAGCUACAGCCAGCACAGCCAGCAGUAGCGGCAGCACCAGCCCGAAACCCAAUCAUGGCCCGCCAAAGCAUCAGAUCCAGCCCCGGCCCCGCCGUGGCCUCCGUCACCCCGCCCUCUGUGUUUUCUUCACCACCAUCUGGCUUGUGUUUUUCCUGCUCUUCAUCCUCCCCUGGCAAGUUCACGAUCGUCAAGGCUGGAAUUUCUCCAAAAGCGUCAAACACGACUACAACACCUACAAGGGAGCUCUAGGCAGUCUCUUUACCUCGCCCGCAUCAUCACCCGAGCAUCCAAUUCCAGGAUCUCUCUCCGUCACAACUACCCCGCCAUCACCAGAUUCAAUUCUUGAAAAGGCGGUGCCAGAACCCGAAUUCAAGAUGUCGACCGAACAGACCUUCAUUGCUAUCAAGCCUGAUGGCGUCCAGCGUGGCCUUGUUGGCUCCAUCAUCGGCCGCUUCGAGGCCCGUGGAUACAAGCUUGUCGCCAUCAAGCUGACCACCCCCGGCAAGGCCCACCUCGAGAAGCACUACGAGGACCUCAGCGACAAGCCCUUCUUCGCUGGCCUGGUUGAGUACAUGAACAGCGGCCCCAUUUGCGCCAUGGUCUGGGAGGGCCGUGACGCCGUCAAGACUGGCCGAACUCUCCUCGGCGCCACCAACCCCCUUGCCUCCGCCCCCGGUACCAUCCGUGGUGACUUCGCCAUCGACGUCGGUCGCAACGUCUGCCACGGCUCCGACAGCGUCGAGAACGCCAAGAAGGAGAUCGCUCUCUGGUUCAAGGAGGGCGAGGUCCAAAGCUGGGAGAGCGCCCAGGCCAAGUGGAUCUACGAGAAGGCGUAA